GAUGAAUAUUGGUAGUCUUGGCAACCAAACCAGCAGUAAAGAUUUGUGUCACAUAGACCUGUAUUAUAAAACAAAACAAAAAAAAAAAAAAAAUAGGAUUCUUCCCUUCUUUCUUUUCCUUUUCUUUAUUUUUUUUUUUAUGGACAUUGCCACAAGAAAAAAACAAGGUGUAGAACGGCAAACUACUUUUGGCCCUUCUGCUCCUAUAGAUGAAUGGGAACUAGAAAAAGCAACAAUCUUACGUGAAGCCAAGGAAAACAAAGAACGUGCUGAAAGGUUACAACAAAAACUAGAGCAAGAUCAACUUACCUAUGAAAAAAAUACGUCUAGUUUACUGAAAGAAGUCAAACUGAAAGAACUUACUUGGGAAAAACGUCGACAAGAAAUGGAUGAAAAUUGGAUGAAUCAAGUUUUGGAAUUACAACGACAAUUAGAGAAAGAGAAUGAUGAACAUCAAGAGAAUUUACGAAGCAUCAAGGCACAAAUGGAAGCAACACUACAAGCUGAACAAAAGAAAAAUGAUCGAAGGGUAGCCAAUCUACAUUCAAGAUUAGAAGCAAAAGAAAAAAUCUUACAACAAUAUCUUGAACAACAAUCAACCUCUCCGAUAACUCCAUCCGCUAGUACUUUGGAUAAUCCAUCCAUUUCGUCACCUGUUACCCCUUCAAACGACACUCAACACAUUCGAAAACUUGAACGGCAAUUGGUCCAACAGAAACAGCAAUAUGAACAACUCCAGCAACGAUACGAUAUGAUAUUAUCAUCAAUAGAAUCUCCAUCUUCAACAUCCUAUACAACCAUGAUCGCAGACCAUAACAAGAAGAUUCAAGCCUUGACAGACGCACAUGUGCAGGAACAACAACGACUUCGGGAUAAUUUUAUGAAUGAAAAUAGUGCUUUGACGAUGCAUAUGGAAGCACGACUUCAAAACCUCCAAAACGAAUACGAAGACACGUUACGAGAAACCAGGGAACAGUUUGCUACUGAAAAGGAAGUAUGGAGGAUUGAACAACAAGCCAAGAUGGAUCACGCUUUACGAGAGAUGGAGGAAAAACAUAUGGAUCAGAAGAAUGAACUCGAUCGACAAUGGCGCAAUAAGUUACGAGACAUGGAGGCCUCUCUUUCCAAGGAUGGUACGGCUAUCCAAGCACAUUGGCAAUCUAAAUUACAAUCACUGGAGGAACAACAUCAGAAAGACAUGACACGACUACGUGGGGAAUUGGAUGUUGUCAAGGAACGUCUAGGUAAUGAUAUCGAACGACGCCAUCAAGUACAAGCUCGUCUGGCUGCUUUGGAAUCCAAGUAUCAUCAAGAUCAUUUAAUAUGGACCCGACAUAAAGCACAACUUGAUCACUUGUUACAACAACAACAAAAAACGACAAAGGUAAAUAAAAUAAAAUAAAAUAUGAUAGUUUUUAUAUAUAUGUAUAUAUAUAUAUUUCUGUAGAUCGCAAAAGACAAUGAAAAAGCAGAGCGAAUGGCUUUGGAUUUAUUGAAUAUAUUAUCUUUGGAUGAACAAAAAUCAGCACCUUUGAUGGAUCUUUUACAUAUGUCAAUACAUCAUGCUCUUUUAUUGCAACAACACAAUUUGGUAAGUAAAAGAUAAAGAAAAUAUAACUUGGAUGGAUAAUUGACGAGUGAUUUGUUUUUAUAGCCUAAUACAUAUGAUGAUACCUUGGAUGCGAUUUCAUUCAAUUUGCCUUGAACUCCGUGAUUAGUUUAUAUAUUUCCUUAUUAUCCUUCCUUUUUUUUUUAUCCCUCUAUAUAGUUUUCCCCUUUCUUAUAUCCAUCAUCUAUAAAAAAAAAAAAAUAAUACCAAAAUAAUAAAAAUAUAUAUAUAUAUAUGGUCCUUUU